AUGAAAGAGGUAAAAAAGCAGGAAAAAUAUGCGGGAGGCUCAUCACCUGUUCUGGUCGAGGAAAAUAUAAGCAGCACAAAUGCAGAUGUAAUAAAAAUGAAAAAUCAUGAGGCGAGAAACCAAAUUAUUUCUUACAAUGUUAGUAUUGUUGCCAAUCGGAUUCCUUUGCAACAAAUGGCGAGUGAGGCAGCAAUUGACUUGAACGCAUUUCGUUUCGGAUCACAAUUUCAAGGGUUAAUGAUGAGAAAUCACUCACAGAUUGUGCGUGUUAAAGCAACCGUAGCUCAGUUCUUGUUUCACUGCAAUGCAAUCAAGUCGAAAACAAAAAGAGGGUUCUUGAGAGAUGAAGACAUUCAGUCAGCAUAA